UACGGAAACAUUUUUACGUCAACACGUGUGGAGGCUUGUAUGUAGCUUCAGUCCAGUUCAGGACGUGAAUCUUUGCAUGUUCACAGUUUGACGGACCAGAAACCACCACUGGAGGAGGGGGCCGGUUUGUCUUUAGCCUCAUGCACACACGUUUCCAAACUAGGAUCCAUCGAGCGAUGAAGAUUCUCAUCUACAGCCACCGUGGAGAAGAAGUUGGAGGAGGGCUGGGCUGCAUGUUGACGAUUUAAGCCCGUGGAAACUGUGCAAAAGUUACCAGGCUAUAAACACAACGCUGCUUUUUGUAACGCAGAGUUGAUCUGUGGUUAUAGGAAACAUGAUUUUCAGGAAAAUUCAGCAGGGAACCUGCAGAGCAUGGCUGUCCCGGGUUUCAUGGAGGCAGGAGCUGUGCUGCUUCUCUUCUGUGCCCCCCCAGCCGGUGCCCCCACUGGCCCACACCUUACAGGGCUACUUAAGGGCCCUGGAGCCCCUGCUGCCCCCCGAGGAGCUCAGCCACACCCGCAGGAUGGUACAGGAGUUUGGCAGGCCGGGCGGCCUGGGUGCACAGCUGCAGGAAGGGCUGGAGAGGAGAGCCAGACACACUAAGAACUGGAUCUCAGACUGGUGGGUGCAGUGGGCGUACUUGGAAAGCAGACAGCCUCUGCCUGUGCACUCGAACCCGGCCAUCUCUCUGCCGAGGAGAGAUUACAACGACUGGAGGAGCCAGCUAGUGUUUGCAUCCAAACUGAUAGCAGCAGUUCUGGACUUCAAGGCCAAAAUAAACACCGGCCAGCUACCAGUGGAGUACAUGCGAGGGAAGCCUCUGUGCAUGGAGCUCUACCCGCUCCUCUUCUCCUCCUGCAGGAUCCCAGGUCCCAAACACGAUUACAUCGCCCACCACGGCCGCUCGCGGCGCUCGCCAACACACAUCACGGUCGUCAGGAACUACCAGUUCUUCCAGCUGGAAGUUUACAACAGUGACGGCUCUCGGAUGACGGAGAGUCAGAUCCACAGCCAGCUGCUGAGGAUCAGGUCUCAGUCCUGGAAGACUGACAAGGAGCCAAUGGGAAUCCUUACCAGCGAGCACCGCCACACCUGGGGACAGGCCUACAACCGCCUGCUGAGAGAUAAACUAAACAAGGAAUCAGUGCGGCUGAUAGAGACGGGACUUUUCUCCUUGUGUCUGGAUUCUCCAGUGAUGAGGAUAUCAGAUGAGAAGUAUGCAAGCCGUAAGGCAGCUCAGAUUCUGCAUGGAGGUGGGACGUUCUCCAACAGUGGCAACCGCUGGUUCGACAAAACGUUGCAGUUUGUGGUGGGCGAGGACGGCUCGUGGGGUCUUCUGUAUGAACAAGCCACAGCUGAGGGUCCACCCAUAGCAACACUGCUGCAUCAUAUCCUGGACUACUGUGAGAAACCAGACCCAAAGAGAGCGCCGCUGAUCCCUCUGCCCAUGCCAAAGAAGCUUUACUUUCACAUAGACCGAGAAAUCAAGAGAGACAUUGAGCACGCCAAGCAGAACCUCGAUAUAUUGAUCAAUGACCUCGAUGUCAACGUGUUCAACUUCAAGAAGUUCGGCAAGGACCUUCCAAAGAAGUACAGCCUGAGUCCAAACUCCUUCAUCCAGGUCGCCCUGCAGCUCGCCUACUACAGAGUUCACAAUGAGGUCUGCCCGGCCUGUGAUAUUGCCUCUCAGAGGAUGUUUCGAGGAGGAAGGACAGAAUUUAUUCGCUCGCCAACAAAUCAGACGCUCAAGUUCAUACUGGCCUUUGACGAUCCAUCGGUGUCGCGGGAAGCAAAACUACAGCUGUUCAGAGAAGCUGUUGAUGCCUACACAGCUCUGACUGAUCUGGCACUUAAAGGACACGGCAUUGACCGCCACCUGCUGGGGCUCAAGCUGCAGGCCAUCGCGGAGGGACUGAGCAUUCCCAAAAUCUUCAUGGAUACAGCGUACGGGCUGGCAACACACUUGAAACUCCGAACAGGGCAGGUGCCUGCGAACACAGACAGCGUGAUGUGCUUUGGGCCUCUUGUUCCUGACGGCUACGCCAUUUGUUACAACCCCCAGGCGGAUCACGUCCACUUUUCCAUCACCGCCUUCAACUGCUGCGAGGAGACACAUGCAGAAACAUUAGCCCUCACUCUGAAGGACACCUUGUGUCAGCUACAGGAGCUACUGCAGCCUACUGUGUAGAGCUGCUCCAACAGUAUGUCCAACAGGAUAAACCCACUCGUCUACACCAGGGGGAAAAAACACUUGGUCUCCUUUAAUUUCAAGUCUUUAGGAGGCUUAUUUUUGACAUGGAUGUUUUCUCAUGUAUGCCACUUAAUUUUGAGUCUGAACACAGUGUCUCUGAGGCAUGUUUGCUUUUUUUAAGCUUUUGAUGAAGCAAUAAACCUUUUUCUAGCAUGAGCUGAGCAAGCAAGUUGCAUUAUAGUUGCUACAGCAGAUGUACUUGUCUCAUAUCUCUCUGGGUGAAAGCAAAACAAAGUUAAAGCCAACCUGACACUCCAGCAUUAAUCAGAACAAGCCAAAGCAUAUGUGUUGAAACUGACUGCACUCCUUUUACAAGUCAUGAGAUGACCAGUAGCCUGUCUAGUCCCCUCUACAGAGAAUAAAUAUUUGUUUCAGGUGUUGCAUUGCCAUCACAGUUCAUUUGGAAACGUUAAUGAAUCUCUCUGAUUUUGUAUGUUGACGAGUCUGUUUGAAAAGGACCAAAAUCCGGAAAGCUGGUUGUUAUAGGUGACGGUGCAGAAAAAUGCUUUUCUUUUUCUCCCUGAGCUCGAAUGACCUGAUCUCCAGGUUGUAUUUACUGUAUUUUGAACCAAAUGUUAUGAGGCUUUGGCCCCCUCACUGGGGCGUGUUGUUCUGCCCUCAGGACUGGUUAAUAAAGCCUUUGAUC